AUGGUCGCUGGUGCCUACGUUCUUAAUUCACCUUUAUUCUGUCCAAGUAGAUGGAACGACGCAAAGCAACGAUGGUGUUACAACUGGGAUCAGUCAAGAUUAGAAUGCCCACAAGUUGCACGAGUGUUGAAAGCUCUCGACGUUGGCUUGGACUUGCUCAUUGGGAAGUGGCUUCUUUGCUGGUUUGUUGAAAGCCUUCCUCUAGAGACGGUGCUUCGCAUUUGGGACUGCAUGAUAUAUGAUGGGAACGAUUUGUGGCUGUUUCGAAUAAGUUUAUGCCUGAUACGAGCGAAUCAACGUCAAAUCGGUUCGGUCAAGACCCUCGAUCAACUGCUGCACGCUUUCCAGGGCAUUUGUCGAAGUCGAACGGCUCUCUAUUGCCAUCAACUGAUCAAGCUGACGUCGGUCUCUUCGUUUUCAAUCGCAGCACAUUUUACCAAUAAAAAGGACACCUGGUAG